GUCUCCUACUCCCUCGAGCCCCAUUCCUCAGACUCUCUCCUCUCUCAACUUUCUCCCCUAGGUCACAGUCUCACCCACCGCCGCAAGGAGAGCCUCAGCGCCGCCGUCCGUUGCGCUAAGGAGCCACCGUGUCUUCCUCCGUUGUGCCUUGUUUCCCCCAACCCCUUCUCCAAUCUCCUUCCUUCAGAAAGCAGAACUGUCCUCAAACCUAGCCUCCACCACCGCCGCAAGGAGUGAGCCACUGUCGCUGUCCGUCGCACUCAGGGGCUCCUCUCUUCAUCUGUCGGCGUUCUCCAAGUCUCCAAACCCUGUUCGCUCUCACCAAUCCAGGUGCGCAGCUUCUUCCUCGAGCUCGUUCUCCAUCAGUCCAACACUUCUGCUCGGCCGCGCUUCUGCCUCCCUCCGUCGUGAACCUCGGGUUGUAACAAGUCAAAGGCACCGCCAAUCUCCUUUCCCAGGUCAAUAUCACGUGCUGAAAAUAUUUGGCUUCAUCACCUUAGGAUUGGCCUAAAAGGAAACCUUGCAAUCGUGCAACCAAACCUUGUCCGAUUAUGGCUUCAGCGAAGUUUCUCCGCUCAAGUCACCUUCAUAUUCAUGGUGGUUUUACCUCUGCGCUUCCCGCCAUUCCACCCUUCUCACACAACCGUCUCACCUCGCUCGACCAGGUUUACUUCUCUACGAACUGGUCCUUGCCUCCUCUGUGUGCGGUGUCCAAGAUUGGUUUCUCAGCAACCAAAGAUGAAGCCGCUUCUUCUGGUGAUAUUGAAUUCGAGGCGCCAUUGAAAAUUGUACAAUAUCCAGACCCGAAAUUGAGGGCAAAAAAUAAACGCAUAGUUAGCUUCGAUGAUAAUCUGAAGAGUCUCGCCCGCGAGAUGUUUGAUGUAAUGUACAAGGAACAAAAAAUGCUAUUAGAACAUCAAAGUCAACCACAAAAAUCAACUACUAGUAUAAGAACCGAUGGUAUUGGUCUCUCAGCACCCCAAGUUGGAAUCAAUGUUCAACUUAUGGUAUUCAAUCCAGUGGGUGAACCUGGGGAAGGAGAGGAAAUUGUUCUUGUAAAUCCAAGAGUUAGCAAAUACUCAAAGAAACUGUCAAUUUUUAAUGAAGGGUGUCUAUCAUUUCCUGGAAUAUAUGCUGAUGUGAAGCGACCUGAAUCAGUGAAGAUUGAUGCACGUGAUGUAAAUGGAAAUAGAUUUUCAUUCUCGUUGGAUGGGCUUCCUGCUCGAGUAUUCCAGCAUGAGUUUGAUCAUCUGCAGGGGAUUCUUUUCUUUGAGAGAAUGACUGAAGAAGUUCUUGGUAAUAUCCGUGAACAGCUACAGGCCUUGGAAAUGAAGUAUGAACAACUGACUGGAGUACCAAGCCCUGAAAAGAUACAAAACAGGAGGGAAAGAAGGAAUGCUGUUGGUUUUGGGAAAUCAUGAUCAAACCUGACUCAAGUCUCUGCUUCAUGGUUUUCGUGAUAAUAAAUUCCUUUUUUCCUAUCGGUAUACUCUAUGCUUCUUGUUGAAAAAUGAUUUGUUCCUAUUUUACCGGUCAAUAUCAGGUUCACCGUAAGCUCAACCCCUACGAAAUUCGAAACAUUUCGAGUUUGCACAAGUAGUAGCAGGAGGGGACUGCUCUGCAAAGAGAAAGCUGGCUGAAACAUUCCUUUUGACACAAGUCCAUCUGGCCCAGAAAAGUGAGAUUUCUAAUGGAUCCUAUUAGUUUCUUAGCUAUGAAAGAAAAUACAACAAAAAUCAGAGUGUAGAAGAACAAGAGUGCUAAAAAUGCAAUCAUCCUCUCUGUCUCAUUAUCUAAGUGUUCAUUCAUCAUAUUCUAUUUAUAAAAAUACUCUUCUAGUGGUGAAAGAAUAGUUGUGUAAAAGCUAGAUAUUAUGAAUAUGAAGUCGAACUCGAGAAGAUUUGUGGAAAA